CCCUGCCUCGGUCCGUCUUUACCUUGCCCGGUCUGCCACCGCUCUCUCUCCGCUCCUCGGUUCUUGUCAAUUUCCGCAGAUACUGGGGUCCAUCUCGAUCUCUUUAAAAACACUAUUCCCACUCACACGCCUAAUCUCCCUAACUCUCCCCCAUCUCUCAUUUUGUAAACGGAAAACCCUACCAUUAAACUCUAACACUACCAUUUCCACCUGAUCAGUUAUUUUUAGAUCCGCUUCUUAAAAAUACUAGAGCAGAGCAAUGGAGCACUUUUUAGUUUCUCUCUUCCUUUUACUCAUUUCUGUUUUCACUAUUGCAGAUUGUGGUUCUAUUGGCGUAAACUAUGGAAGAAUCGCCAGCAACCUUCCGUCAGCAUCCAAAGUAGUGAAACUACUAAAAUCCCAAGGUCUAAACCGUGUCAAAGUCUACGAUACGGAUCCUGCUGUCCUACAUGCAUUAUCCGGAUCCGGAAUCAAAGUGACCGUCGACCUUCCCAACGAACAACUCUUCGCUGCAGCCAAAAGCACUUCCUUUGCAAACACUUGGGUCCAGCAAAACGUCGCCGCUUACUAUCCUCACACUGAAAUCGAAGCCAUUGCCGUUGGUAACGAAGUCUUCGUGGACCCCCACAAUACGACCAAGUUCCUCCUACACGCCAUGAAGAACAUCCACCAAGCUUUGGUUAAGUUCAACCUUCAAUCUGAUAUUAAAGUCUCUUCCCCCAUUGCCCUUUCCGCUCUCCAAAACUCUUACCCGUCUUCAGCCGGAUCUUUCCGACCCGAACUCGUUGAGCCCGUUUUUAAACCCAUGCUGGAUUUCCUUCGCCAAACCGGGUCUUUCCUCAUGGUCAAUGCAUACCCGUUUUUCGCUUACGAGUCAAACACUGACGUCAUCUCGUUGGACUACGCGUUGUUUAGGGAGAACCCGGGUGUGGUGGAUACGGGUAAUGGGUUGAGGUAUUUCAGUCUUUUCGAUGCUCAAAUCGACGCCGUUUUCGCUGCAAUGUCUGCUUUGAAAUAUGACGAUAUUAAAUUGGUUGUGACGGAAACGGGUUGGCCGUCAAAGGGCGUUGAGAAUGAGAAUGGUGCGAGUAUCCAAAACGCCGCCGCAUAUAAUGGGAAUCUGGUCCGUCGGAUCUUGACCGGUGGUGGAACCCCUUUGAGACCCAAAGCAGAUCUGACCGUUUAUCUGUUUGCCCUUUUUAAUGAGAACAUGAAGUUCGGGCCCACUUCGGAAAGAAAUUACGGGCUUUUUUACCCGAACGAGGAAAAAGUUUACGAUAUCCCUUUCACUGUAGAGGGGUUGAAGAAUUACCAGGAUAACCCGUCGCCGGUCUCUGGGAACCAACAAAGGGUAGCGACUCCCGUCAACGGCGGAGGAGGGGGGGUGUCGAAAAGUACGACGGGGAACACGUGGUGCGUUGCGAAUGGUGAAGUGGGUAAGGAGAAGCUACAGGCGGCUCUAGAUUACGCAUGUGGUGAAGGAGGUGCUGAUUGCCAUCCAAUCCAGCGAGGUUCCACGUGUUACGAUCCUAACACCAUCGAAGCCCACGCAUCGUUCGCAUUCAAUAGUUAUUAUCAAAAGAACGGACGCCAAAUGGGAGCUUGUUACUUCGGCGGGGCGGCCUAUGUCGUCACUCAACCACCCAAGUAUGGUAAUUGCGAGUUUCCCACAGGAUACUGAAGACCAACCAUAAAGGGUCAAAAGGUUGGGAAGAAUUGACUGGUUGAAAGAGAUUAAUGCUACUUUUUAUUAUAGGGAUUUUAGGGUUUGGAAUUUUUUUGAGGUUGGAGGGUGGGGACUAUUGUGUAUUUACUUGUUGGAUUUGUGAGGCAAAUGUUUAGGCUACCUCUGUGUAUAAAUGGAUUAUAAAUUACGUUUGUAGCUCAACCUUGAAUGGAAUGAUCAGUUGAUUACUACUAGUACUAGUGUUAUUUUUACCUUGAUUACCAACUUAAAGCUAAAAGUUGAGACAAUGCCAAACUGGGAGUGAAUUGAGAUAGGCUGGAAACCACAAAGAGUGGUGAUCCAUACUCACUUUGGGCAAUCUAUAUGUCUAUAGUGCUCAGUUACUUCAUAUUUGUUGGCAUUCUACAGUUGCUGUUUUGCUCCAAAUAGGUGCAUUGAUUGAGU